ACCUUCUUCCUUUAUUAGGUUUUGCUUACUGAUGAGAUGAGUAGUGGAUCGUUCCACUCUGCAAUUCUCAAUCUUUUUCUUUGUUUCCUUGUUGCUUGCCUUCUGCCCAAUCUUGCCCUUUUCUUUUGGGUUGCCCUCAUCUCCAUGGAUUACUUCUCUUCAUCUUCUCUAGGGCGGUGGCGGACCUCUCCAAUUCUGAAUUUUUUUUCUCUGUUUCUGUUGCUGCUUGCCUUCUUCUGCUUUGCCUGUUACCAGUCUCAACUCACUUGCCUGCAAUCUGUCUGCUGCCAAGAAAACCCCAAUCCGUUCCUCCAACAAAACCCCAUUUUGCCACCUUUUUUUUUCUUUUUCCUGUUCUACAAUUUCGUCUGGAAAUAUCCUAGCCGCCCUGUCUUCUUCACCACAUCCUCCUCCUCUUGUUUGCCGCGACGACUCCAAAGUCUACUGCAAACUUGGAUUCUAUCCGCUGCAGUCUCUGAUUCCGACACCAUCCACCCAUCCAGUCAUAUCCUUUUGUCCGGGCCCUCAAUUUCCCCCCCGUUUCUCAAACGUGUGGAGGUGCCUGUAAUUUGCCCCCAGAUAUCUUCCCCUAAGUUGCGGCCUAGCACCGGAUUUUUCAACUUAUUUGAUGGCUACUGCUACGCACCGAAAUUUCCAAGGUUUUCCCUUCGAAAGAAAAAAAAAGGGGGCAAAGCAGAGGUUUUUGUGUCGUAUAUAAACACUCCUCGCAAGUCUUCUGAAUUUCGUCAACGUGGAGGUGCCAGCAGAAGUGAUCCGUGGACUGCAGCUAUGGGCAACCUGUGCUGCUGUGUUCAAGUUGACCAGUCGACUGUGGCCAUCAGGGAGCAGUUUGGCAAGUUUGACGGCGUGCUUGAGCCAGGAUGCCACUGCAUGCCUUGGUUCGUUGGGAAGCGUGUAGCUGGUCAUCUCACACUCAGGCUGCAGCAACUGGAUGUGCGCUGUGAGACCAAAACAAAGGACAAUGUCUUUGUCAAUGUGGUGGCAUCUAUUCAGUACCGCGCUCUGGCUGGCAAAGCAAGUGAUGCAUUCUACAAACUGAGCAACACAAGGUCCCAGAUCCAAGCUUACGUCUUUGACGUUAUCAGAGCAAGCGUUCCCAAGCUCCAUUUGGACGAUGCUUUCGAGCAGAAGGACGAGAUCGCAAAGGCUGUGGAGGAAGAGCUUGAGAAGGCCAUGUCGGCUUAUGGCUUUGAGAUCGUGCAGACUCUCAUUGUGGACAUCGAGCCAGAUGAACAUGUGAAGCGCGCAAUGAACGAGAUCAACGCAGCUGCGAGGCUGAGGGCGGCUGCAAACGAGAAAGCAGAGGCAGAGAAGAUUGUGCAGAUCAAGCGUGCGGAGGGGGAGGCGGAAGCCAAGUACCUGUCUGGGCUGGGUAUUGCACGGCAGCGGCAGGCGAUCGUUGAUGGGCUGAGGGACAGCGUGCUUGGGUUCUCCGUGAACGUGCCGGGCACCACCGCCAAGGACGUCAUGGACAUGGUGCUCAUCACCCAGUACUUCGACACCAUGAAGGAGAUUGGCGCAUCAUCCAAGGCUUCAUCAGUGUUCAUCCCACAUGGCCCAGGUGCAGUGCGCGACAUCGCCACGCAGAUCCGCGACGGCCUCCUGCAGGGCUCCUCUGUCACCCAGCACUAGUUUGCUGUUGCUGAGGGGAGCAGCAUGAUCAUUCCUGGAGUUUGGUACCUAUUUAUAUGACCCCGUCAGUCAGACCAGUGUGGUGCUUGUCUAUAUUGUUCGUCUAUAUCUCUGGAGCUGGGGUGAUCAAGGUGUGGAACAUAUAUAAUGUGCUCUUAAGAACCAUCUGCUUCUGCUAAGAUGGUUAUCUUGAUGCAAUGGGGACUGGAGAACCUUUAUCUAACCUUUUAGGGAACCGGUAAUUAUAUCAUAAAUAUAAUGCAGCAUGAGUUUGCAGUAUGUUCAUGUGUCA